UGCAGUUUGCGGAUGUAACCAAACUUCAGAGAAGGCAGUCGCGAAAAGACUUGCGCGCGCGCAGCCCGCACGCUCAACCGUGGGUGGAUACAGUGAAUAGAUCAUCCGCACGGAUAAUUUGUGUUUACAUACCUGUUACGUGUGCGAAUCAAAAUGAAAUUAAAUAUAAAGGCAUUUGAUUUGGUGCCGGCGCGCUUCAAUGUGGCCAUAAUGAUGUUUUUCGCGACCUGGGUCAACUAUAUGAUGAGAGUGAACAUGAGUGUCAAUAUAAUAGCUAUGGUGCCAGAUGAAUCCAACAUAACAUCGGUGAAAACAGAAUGCGAGGCCAUUGCGACUGACGACGAUUCAUUGUAUAACUCAACUGUGGUUAUAGUGACGAAGCGUGUACUACGGCAGCCAGACGGUGUGGUGACUUUUGACUGGACGGCGCAACAGCAAGCCUAUGUCAUAUCUGGGUACUUUUGGGGUUACGCCAUCACGUGUUUGGUGGGCGGCACGGCGGCGGAACUAUGGGGCCCGAGAAAGAUUAUUUUCGUCACCAUGUUAAUCAGCGCAAUCCUCACUAUAUUGUCUCCUCCGGCUGCUAAGUUACAUUAUUUGGUCUUAGUUGCACUAAGGUUCAUCAUUGGACUUGCGUCUGGUGUACUGUUUCCAGCAUUACACGCUCUGGUAGCACAUUGGGCCCCGCCAGCGGAAAAGGGAAAAUUCGUAAGCGCCCUGCUCGGGGGCGCGAUUGGGACAGUAGUCACAUGGUCAUUGUCUGGGCCCCUUAUAGAGAAUCUGGGAUGGGAUUACGCAUUCUAUGUACCAGGAGCAAUUACUGCAGUUUGGUGUUUUAUAUGGUGGUUUUUGGUGUACGAUACGCCGAUACAGCAUCCUCGCAUAUCCGAUAAUGAGAAGAAGUACAUCUUGGACGCUAUUGGCGACAAAGUUAAUCACAGUUCAAAAGAUACCAAGGUCGUCCCACCAUUCCGAAGAAUCUUCACUUCCUUCCCGUUUUUGGCCAUGGUGAUACUCCACUAUGGCAGUAACUGGGGUCUAUAUUUUGUGAUGACUGCGGCCCCCAAGUUCGUGUCCAGUGCGUUGGGCUUCAACCUCACUGCUACUGGAACUCUAUCAUCAUUACCAUAUCUGGCUAGGAUGUUAUUCUCACUAAUAUUUGGUGCAAUUGGUGACAGAAUUCUGAAACAGAAUAUAGUAUCAAUAACGUUUAUGAGGAAAUUCUUCUGCUUGUUCUCCCACAUUGUCCCCGGAUUGCUUUUAAUCGGCCUCGGGUAUACUGGAUGUGCUCCAAUCCUCUCAGUGGCUCUCAUCACUUUCUCCAUGGGCUCAAACGGUGCAGCCACACUGACUAACUUAGUGAAUCACCAAGACUUGGCCCCUAACUUUGCUGGCACAUUGUACGGAAUUGCUAACGGCAUUGGCAAUACCGCGGGUUUUGUUACACCACUGGUUACAGCAUAUUUUACAAAGAAUGGGAACGGUUUUGCUGAAUGGAGGCCUGUGUUCAUGACAGGUGCCUCCCUGUACAUCGGUGCAGCUGUCUACUUUAUACUUUUUGGUACUGGUGAAACGCAGUCUUGGAAUUACAUUGCACCUGUUGAGGAAGAAGAUAAGAGACCGAGUAAUAACUCCAAUGAUACGACAGUCACGAUUCCUGUUAAGACGUAGAUAAACUUAAUUGUUGUAGUUUAAUAUAUUUACUUUAAAUUAUAUGUGAUUGUAUCACAUGGAUUGCAUUAAUGCCAAAAGAUACGUCACUUUACAGUACACGUGAAAAUAAUUAUUAAAAAUGACUGCUAAUUUGAAAUAAUUUUGUUUCAACCUAUUUGACUAUUGAUACCUACUGAGGUUUAUAUUAAAUUAACAAUUGGUACAAAAUAUAAACUAAAUCAUUAAAGCUCCUUCAAAAAAGAAUCAAUAUCAAAUAAAAAAUCGACAGCAUUACCACGUUACGUACUUAGCUAAUUAUAAUUAUUGAGUAAAAGACAUAUUUUGUAAUUUCUUUAGAAUUAGUAUGACAAUUCGACUACAUUAUUAGUAUUAUUGAAUAUUUAGUACUUAUAGUAUACCAGUAUGAUCCUAUCUUAAUAAUUGUGGUGAAAACGUGCAUAAUGAAAAAUGGUAAACUACUAUGGCAUUUUUUUAAUAAAUUGAAACGAUAAAUAGAUCUAUCCUAUUAGUUAAUGAUUAGACAUGAUGUAAAUUUAUUUUUUUAUAUUAACACUGAGUAUAGUCUGUUUACCAUAUUAUGUACACAGUUAGUGGUACAGACAAAUGUACAGGUACAGGUAUGUACAGGUAUUGUACUGUAACUGUAAGGUGAAUAUUAUAUUUAAUUAAAUUCACACGAUAUUAAUAUUUGAUAAUUUGCUAUUGACUACUUAAUACAUAAUAAUUCUAAAAGAUCUGUUGAGUUAGAUACAGUAUUCUUGAAUAUCGGUUUCAUAAUAUAUAGGCUCUUACUUGUAAAUACUAUAAAACUUAUUUAUGUUACAAUUGUAUUUUUAUAGAACAGACAAAACGAUUGUGAUGUCCGUUUAAAGUAUUCAAAAUAUCUUAACGAUUAAUGUAUUGAAGACUGUGAUGAAUUAUAAUUGUGCACAUACAUUAAUUUAAAUAAAGUAACUUAUACGAGUU